CGCGGAGCCGCUUUGACAGGACAGGUCGAAAAGGGAAAACUGGCUGGGAGCUAAAGGACUCCGAAGCUGGGGUGCUAAGUGCCCAGCAGCGGGGGUCUGUCUGCAUUCUUUGCUUGUGUGCCCAGUUCCGCGCGCCCCACUCUCUGACAGCCGGGUGAGACAACUGCCGACGGCCAACGGCCCCCUUGAGACACCGCCGCCCCAUCUAGCUCCUUUACCUGCGGGUGCCGCUCCCCCAAGGAGCCCCGUCCGGCUGCCAUGAGCGAGCUCAGUACCAACGAGUCUCCAAAAGCCAAGAAGGCAUCCAGUCCAGAAGAAAAGGAGAAAGCAGAUGCCAAGAAGGGUGAGGAAGAAGAAAUUGAUAUUGAUCUGACUGCACCCGAGACAGAGAAAGCCGCACUUGCCAUUCAGGGCAAGUUCCGCCGGUUCCAGAAAAGGAAAAAAGAUCCCAGUUCCUGAGCCACCAGCCUGAACCUUUGUCCUAGUCCCCCUUUUCCCUAGCACCCUUUUCCAUAGACCCCGAUUCUUCUGUAUUAUUCUGUUCCUAUUUUCUCCACUCUGUCCCUGAGACAGUCUCAACCCCCAGGAUUGCCCCUGCCUCAGCCAUCAGGGUAGCAUAAACUAUAAGGGAGCGGGGGAAGAGGAUCCAGUUAGCAGCUACUUAGACCUGAGAGGAAGCCAAUCUCUCCCCGGAGAUAGUGACCCCCUGCUUGAUGUCCUGCCCUAUGUCAGAGACUAGGGGGUGGCUGUCCUUGUCCGCAGGGAACAGGAACACCAACUCAGAAGCAGACAUUGAUAUGGCGGCACCCGAGACAGAGAAAGCUGCAGUUAUCAUCCAGGACAGGUUUCGGAGCUACCAGAAAAAAAAAAAAAAAUUCACCUGAGCUGCCAGCCCUGCCUCUGUCCAUUACCCCCCUCUCCACUGACCCUGAUUCCAUGUAUCCUGGUUUCUCUUUCCUGCUAACCUAUCCAUGAGACAUAAUUGUAACCCCCUGCAAUGUUCCCUGUCCCCAUCAUCAGGGUUGCCAGGCUCUGACAACCUGAAGAAACCAGUUUCUCCUUGGGAGCAGUGCUUGGGAGGAAGGUCUCGUGCCAGGGACUUGCAGUGGCUCACUUGGGAGAGGGGAGGGAGAUGAGAGACCCUUGGACAGUUGAAGCGGAGUGAGGGCUUCCGAGAAGGGUAUGACUGGGGAGAAGGGGGCAUUUUUCCUUUCUGUCACAUGCUAAGCUUAGAAUUUAGACAUCAUGUACUAUCUUACAGCUCUCUACGUUCCUAUUCCCAAUUUCCUGAGCUGAAUCACAGCAGGUAUUGAAGCCUCCCCUUUCUACACCCCCACUUCGAAAAGAGCUUCUCACAAUAAAUAGUGCAUGCUGGGCAAAUUAGAAUUUCAGGGAGAAAGACUGGGAGUAGUAGAGACAAACGAAUUUUCUCCCAUUUCCUACUACCUCUCCCACCUUACCAUUCUUCUAAGGCCAGGGAAAUGAGAACAGGGUAAUGAGAGGCGAGUUUGAGAAGCACAAAAAUGAGGGGCAGGCAGGAAAAGUGGACCUGGGACAGACUGAAGAUGAAAGGAGAUGAGGGGCAGGAAAAGAGGAGCAGUGAGGGGUUCCUGAAGCCUUGAGCUAAAGCCCAGGUGAGUGCCCUCCAUGAGACUAGCCUUCCUACUGAUAUGCUCUCCCUUUGGCCUCCUGAUAGCAGUGUCUUCACCUUUCCCCCAAUCCCCACCUGCCCCACUGUGGAGGCAGAAUAGAAAUAAACAGCCCUUCUCACAAGGUUUUAGCAUGUUUAAUAAAAACCUCAAGUGA